UUUAGAUAACUUAAUUAAGGAAUAAAGGAAAGCUUUUCCUUUUUUCUUAAAGUAUGUAUGCAAAAUUCUCAUAAAAAACAUUUUUGUAGAUUUUAAAAUCAGAAAGAGAAAGAUACCUCUUUGCUAUUUAAAGUCUCAAAAACACAUCAUUACUAUCCAUAUCCAUAUUCUUACCAAUAUAAGCAAUUAUGGAGAAACUUGUUGCUUUCAGCUCUUUUCUCUUGUUGCUUCAGUACUAUGUUAUUAGUAGUUCAGCCAUGACCCAAUCUAAUAUCUCCACUGAUCAAUUAGCUCUUCUUUCUCUGAAAUCACAAAUCAUUUCGGACCCCUUUCACUUCUUGGAUGAAAGUUGGUCCCGGGCUAUGUCUGUUUGUCAUUGGGUUGGAGUCACUUGUGGCUCUCGUCACCAGAGAGUGAGAAUCUUGAAUCUUUCCAACAUGGAUCUUAUGGGAAUAAUACCCGGUGAACUUGGGAACCUCACAUUUCUUGUUUCUCUUGACUUGGGAAGCAACAAUUUCCAUGGAAAUUUGCCUCAAGAAAUGACACACUUGCAUCGGCUUAAGUUUCUUGACUUAAGUUUCAACAGCUUCAGCGGGGAGGUUCCCUCUUGGUUUGUGUUUUUACACCAACUUCAAGUUCUAAAUCUUGGAAAUAAUAGUUUCACUGGUUCCAUCCCUUCUUUAUUUUCUAAUAUGUCCACACUUGAGACUUUGAAUAUGAAUUUCAAUUCCAUAGAGGGCCAAAUACCAAAAGUGAUUGGAAGCCUUAUAAACCUUCGAGUAUUAAAGUUGAGGGGUAACAAGCUCAAAGGUUCUAUUCCUCUGUCACUCUCGAACGCCUCAAGGUUGGAGACUUUAGAUUUAUCUUAUAAUUCACUUCAUGGAAACAUACCAGAAGGGAUCGGCAAUCUUCACAACAUGAACUCAUUGGUCAUACAGUUUAAUCAGCUAAUGGGUUCUAUACCAUCCACAAUUUUCAAUAUCUCAAGAAUCGAAUUCAUUGCAUUUACUGGGAAUAGCUUAUCAGGAAGUCUUCCCAAUGGUUUAUGCAAUGGUAUCCCAAUACUUAAAGGGCUUUAUCUGUCUUAUAACAAACUUUAUCGUCAUAUGCCUACAAGCUUGUCAAAUUGUUCACAACUUCAAAUUUUGUCUUAUCGGAAAAUGAGUUUGAUGGACCAAUACAAAGUGAAAUUGGAAGAUUGAGUAACUUGCAGAUAUUAGAACUCGGAGCUAACCAUUUCACAGGGAUAAUUCCACAAGAAAUUGGAAAUCUUGUUAAUUUGAUGGAGUUAUGGAUGGAGAUAAACAAGAUUAACGGAUCUGUCCCAAUCUCCAUAUUCAAUAUCUCGUCGCUGCAAAUUUUGUCACUGGCGGUGAACAAUCUUAAUGGAUUCUUACCACGCGAUAUUGGCAACUUAACCAAGAUGAAAUUUUUAUAUCUUCAAGAAAAUAGGUUUACCGGUGAAAUUCCUAACAAAAUAAGCAAUCUCGUUGUGUUGGAGAAACUUAAUCUUCAAUUUAAUAGUUUUAGUGGUUCACUUGAAAUGGAGACCUUCAACAUAUCAGGGCUGAGAGUGAUGUAUCUUUCAUUAAACAAUCUAUCAGGAAGCCUCCCACCAAACAUGGGUUCUAUCUUACGCAACAUUGAAGUGCUUUAUCUGAUGAACUUAACCAAUCUUGUUGGAACUAUUCCUCAUUCCAUCUCCAAUUGUUCAAAACUUAUUAGUCUAGAGCUUUCUUUCAACCAACUCACUGGCUUGAUUCCCAAUUUUUCUUGGAUAUUUGACUCAUCUACGGUAUCUAAAUUUAGGGGGAAACAAUUUAACUAGUGACUCAUCAUUAAGCUUCCUGACUUCCUUAACCAAUUGCAGAAGUUUAACAACUCUAUCUCUAUAUUUGAAUCCUUUAAACGGAAUGCUUCCUGCCUCCUCAGGGAACCUUACCACAUCUCUUAGUACAUUUUUAGCCAUCAGUUGUAAAAUCCAAGGGCGAAUUCCAGAUGAAGUUGGGAACUUAAGCAGCUUAUUAGACCUUGAUCUUUCUGGAAACAACUUGGCUGGAUCAAUUCCCAUGUCGAUCGGCAACUUGAGAAACUUGCAGGGCUUGUUCUUGAGUAGUAAUAAACUUACAGGAUCUAUCGUUGAUAAUAUAUGUAAAUUGCAGCGCUUGGAUGUCAUCAACUUGACUCAAAAUCAACUUUCAGGUUCUCUUCCUAGUUGUUUAGGAAAGGUUACUUCCCUUAGAGAGAUACAUCUCGGUUCCAACAAAUUGAGUUCCAAUAAACCACCAAGAUUAGGGAACCUUCAUGAUCUAGUGGUUCUUGACUUAUCGUCAAACAACAUGGUAGGUUCUUUACCUCGAGAAAUUGGAAAUCUAAAGGCUGCGACACUGAUAGAUCUAUCGAUGAAUCAAUUCUCAAAUGAAAUUCCAAGAGAAAUUGGAGGGUUGCAAAAUUUGGCACACCUUUCUCUGAGACACAACAAGUUGCAAGGAUCAAUACCUGACUCAAUGAGCAACAUGGUAGGUUUGGAAUUCCUAGACCUUUCUUACAAUAAUAUAUCUGGAACUAUUCCCAAGUCAUUGGAGAAACUUCAAAACUUGAAGUAUUUCAAUGUUUCUGUCAACAAAUUGUAUGGUGGAGUACCCUCCGAGGGUCCUUUCAAGAACCUUUCGAGUCAGUUUUUCAUCAACAAUGAAGCAUUGUGUGGUUCUUCAAGAAAGCAUUGUGUGGAUCUUCAAGAUUUAGUGUCCCGCCAUGCCCCACUUCAUCAAAGCACAGAUCAAAUAGGAAAAAAUUGCUAGUACUUUUUCUUUUGCUCGCAAUUGCAGUUGUAUUUUUUCCUAUGACCUUUGUGCUCCUAUGGAUUAGAUAUAGGAGAGGUAAAAGUGCUCCUCAGCAAGAUGUUUCAUUGUCUACUGUAGCAAGAGAAAGAAUUUCACACUAUGAAUUGCUCCAAGCAACUGAUGCGUUUAGCGAGAGCAAUCUGAUUGGUUCCGGAAGUUUUGGCUCCAUUUACAAAGGUGUUCUCAGAAGUGGAACUGUCAUUGCAGUUAAAGUCUUCAAUCUGCAACAAGAUGUGGCAUUCAAGAGCUUUGAUAUGGAAUGUGAAGUUCUGCAUAGCCUUCGCCAUAGGAAUCUCGUAAAAGUCAUUACCAGUUGUUCCAACCUUGAUUUUAAGGCUUUAGUGCUCAAGUAUAUGCCAAAUGGAAGUCUUGAUAAAUAUUUGUAUUCACAUAACUAUUUCCUCGAUAUCAGGCAGAGGCUAAGCAUAAUGCUAGAUGUAGCAUAUGCGUUGGAAUAUCUUCACCAUGGGUACACGUCGCCUGUAAUCCACUGUGAUCUGAAGCCUAGUAAUGUCUUGCUGGACGAGGAUAUGGUUGCCCACCUAAGCGACUUUGGCAUUUCCAAACUGCUUGGUGAAGAUGAGAGUGAUUUAUACACUAAAACCUUAGCAACAUUUGGGUAUAUUGCGCCAGAGUAUGGACUGGAUGGUUUGGUGUCUACAAAGUGUGAUGUCUAUAGUUACGGGAUCAUGUUGCUGGAAACAUUUACUAGGAGAAAGCCCAACGAGUUUGAGGGAAAUCUUAGCUUGAAGCAAUGGGUGAGUUAUUCUCUUCCAGAUGCAGUAAUGGACGUUGUAGAUGCUAACUUGGUAACACCUAUGGGUAAUCACUUACAGAAAGAGCUAGAUGUUGUGGCUUCAAUCAUGAAAUUGGCAUUAGAUUGUUGUGCUGAAUCCCCGGCAAGAAGGACAAACAUGAAAGAUGUUGUUGGGAUGCUGCAGAAGAUCAAGAUUCAACUUCUUGCACGUUGAGCAUGUUGUUGGAAUCUAUUAUUCCAAAUCACUUGUUUGUUUCAAUUUUUUUCUGAAUUGUUGUAUUCAUGUAAGGAUUACUGUUUUGUUUAACACUUGGUUUGUGCAUGAUUCUGUUUUUAGAAAUGCUAGAUGGUUGCUAUGAAUCUCACUGUUUCCUCUUUAUAUUUUUGUUGCAAAAUGGUGGAACUUAUAUAUUGAAUAACUAUAACCAAAUUGAUCCUCUUGAAAAUCUUUGAGCGGAAUAAAUAUGUUUUAGAUUCUUAGAGGAAUUAUCUGUAUGAAUACCAAUAGGCAAAUAAUAUAAAUGUUUUACAUUGGAAACACUAACAGGACAUAUAACAUCAUGACAACAAACUUAACGGGCAAUGACAAAAAAUGCUAUAUAUCAUAACGCUAUA